CGGAAGCGGCUGGGCGCCGCCAUAUUGCGCGAAGCGCUUUCCAGGCUCCGGGCAGGAAGAAGGAGAGGAAGAAGAAGAAGAAGAGGAAGAAGAAGAAGAAGGCGGUGGAAGAGGAGAGGAAGGAGGAGGAGAGGAGGGGCCGCCUCCCCCUCAGCUCCCCGCCGGCCCAGCCAUGUCCGAGACCUACGAUUUCCUCUUCAAAUUCCUGGUGAUCGGAAGUGCCGGAACAGGGAAGUCUUGCCUCCUCCACCAGUUCAUAGAGAACAAAUUCAAGCAAGAUUCCAACCACACAAUAGGGGUGGAAUUUGGAUCAAAGGUUGUGAACGUUGGUGGCAAAACGGUCAAGCUCCAGAUCUGGGACACGGCUGGGCAAGAGCGCUUUAGGUCGGUAACGAGAAGUUAUUACCGGGGCGCAGCUGGGGCGCUCCUGGUCUACGACAUCACCAGCAGAGAGACGUACAAUGCCUUGACCAACUGGCUGACGGACGCCCGGACUCUGGCCAGCCCCAACAUAGUCAUUAUUCUCUGCGGCAACAAGAAGGACCUGGAUGCCGACCGGGAAGUCACUUUUCUGGAAGCAUCUCGUUUUGCUCAGGAGAACGAGUUAAUGUUUCUCGAGACCAGCGCCUUGACCGGGGAGAAUGUGGAGGAAGCUUUCUUGAAAUGUGCAAGGACCAUACUGAACAAAAUUGAAUCAGGUGAACUUGACCCGGAGAGGAUGGGCUCCGGCAUCCAGUACGGGGACGCCUCCCUGCGACAGCUGCGGCAACCGCGAGGGACCCAAACACAGACCCGGCAGCAAUGCAACUGUUAGAGCCGGCGCCAGAGCAUGCCUGGAAACUGCCUUGCAAGUGCUGGGACUCUGCCUGCUUUGGACCCAGGGCCGUACGAAGCACUGCCGCCACCACCGCCUCCUCCUCUUCUUCCGGGGACAACCUGCCCCGUUGGCCUCCUCACUCUCCCAAGCCUUCGCCCUCCAUCUCUGCGCUGCUGCUGCCUCCUUCCUCCUCGUCUCCCUCCCCGGAAAGAAGCUUUGCAGGAGCGUUGCUACCAGGCGGGCAACGUACAGGAGACUCUGGCGCCGGUCGGUUGCUUUUCCCUGGCACAGGCCGAGAGCCCCUCACUCCUCCUGGCCACCCUGUGACUCUUGGUGGCUUUGAGGUCAGUGGGCUCUGUGCUGACAGUGACGGCAGGAGACGGAGAUCCACAAAAGAGUCCGAGAAGGGGGGUGUUGGUGUCACUAUGGAGAUAUUUAACUUGCCUUUCCCCCAAUCACCUCCCUUCAAGUGAAUCUUAACCCCCCCCCCUUUUGAGGAGAAUAUGGCCCGGUUGGAGGUGUUUUUACAGGGCAGAGCGGGGGCCGCCCUCUCUGCGGUUCCCUCAUAGGAAUAUUCUGCCUGAGGAGCCAACCCAGACAGACCCUCUUCCUGAGCAGCCUCUAUGGGGCUUCCCUUGCGAGGUGGGACCCAGCUAGAAUUUGCACGUCUGUGGGUGUGUGUUCCUCUCGCUGCUUUGUGCCCAUUGGAAGGGGCGCCUUCUGUUUCUCCCAAAGCCAUGGAUUCCUUUGCAGGCCCUCCCCUCGCCCGCUCUCCUCCCUCCGGGGCAAGGGGGGGCAGGCUUGAAUGCACAACCCCCGUGUCCCCAUCACUUUGCGUGUGAGAAAUGUCCUUCCUUGGGGAUGUGUGUUUGUGUGUGUGUUUUGCACAAACGUCGCUCUCUCCGCCGGACGCCCCCUGUUGGUCUGAGCGAAGAGUCCACAUCUGCAGAGAAUGAGCCAUAGCUUAUGUGUUCAGGAUCACACCCCCCACCCCGUUGCGAUGGGAGGCCGGCCGUGUCUCUGUCUGUGUGCCCCUUCCCCUUGCUGCUCUCACGACCCUCCCUUUGGGUUGUCGCCUGUGAGUGUCAUGAGAGGCUCCCGUGCUUCAAAACCGGUGACCAGGCACCGCUGCAAAAUGCUUGCGAGAUUUUCUGGCCCGGGAGCUUAAGGCGAGCCCCUUUCCUCUCCAGGAGCCCUCCCUGCUUUGACUCUGAGUUAUUUGGGUCGCCCCUCCAGCAGAACCCCCUUCUUGCGGCUUCAGAAAUAAACCCACUUUCCAAGCUCUAAACCCAGCAGAACUUCCCAUCCGAGUCUCAAGUGGGAUUUACUCUGGAAAAGUCCUUUGGGGUGGGCGGGUGUCUGUCAUUGUUUGCAAGAAGGUCUAGGAGCCGGGUAUCUCCGCCCCCCCACCCCAAUCCUCUCUCCUUUGUAGUGUCUUGUCUUCAAGGGGGAUCCCUUUUCGAAAGACCUUUUCUGAUGACUUCCCACCUCUCCUCUGCUCCAGAGAGUCUUUCUCUGGAUUUCUCUGGGGUGUUCUGAGUGUCAUGGUAGCUCCCAGGCACCAGCGCGGCUGGCUUUCAACCAAACCAAGCCCAAACCCAGCACGAGAACAGGGGAGCUGGGGCCUGUGCACAGGCCUUGCCUCUGAGCAUGGCUGGAGUUCUGUCCCCCCUCCCUCUGCCUUGCCUUGCUUUACAGACACCUGACAUGGGUUGGGGAGCCGUUGCUGGAGUAUCAGAGGCGCUUUGAGAGACACCCCCCCCUUCCACAUCCCCUCCAUCAGCUGAGCAACUCCUUCAAAAAUGUCCCAAGAGGGGAGAAGGCUGACAGGGGGGAGGGUGUGCCAGUGAGAGAGAACUAGUUAGAAUUUUCUUUUGCCUUUUUAAAAUACCCCCCCCCAAAGGUAUAAUGCUUAACUCUGUUAUUUAUUACUUCUGUGUCGGGGGGGGGGGGAAAGCCCUCGUUGCCUCCUGGGGGUUUCCGUCCUCUUUCUGGCCCCAUCCCCAAAUGCUUCCACACAAACAAAUCUCUCUCUCUGUCUCAGAUUCCAGGUAGCCCUCCCUGGCGAUUUGCCCCGAGGUGGGCAGGGAAGGGGGUGUUUCUGGGAGUGGAGGGGCUCCUUUUAUCAAUCAACGGUUACGAAAAAGAGUUUAUGGCCCAGAUGUGCUGGUUGAUUUCUCUCUCUCUCCAGUUGCAAACAUUCCCUCCAGUUUUAAGGCUGUGAAACUUGAUUUCUCCUACAUAAAAUGUUCUUUCGUUUUGUUUUCUUUUUCCAAA